UGGUACUGGCGAGGACCAUCGAGACGUGCGCACAUCUCCGCUAACACCUUCCAAAGUCACCGCUCAGGAGCUCAAAGUAUGUCUUAAUGUGAUCAAUUCUGUCUUUCAAAGUAACUCUGGUGCUGUUAUUAUACCAGGUGCUGGUUUGUGUCGCACCACGCAUUUCGUCGGAAGGAAAGACCAUGUCUGUCAGAGGGAUACUGCUUCUUGGGCUGGGCUGCGUGUCACUGGUACCAGGACCAGCAGCAAGUGAAACUGGACUGGACAGCAACUUUGACAACAAGACGCUGAGCCUGAUCCCUACCCAGCUUCCCACGAACGUCACAAAGCUCAUUCUGAGCCACAACCUCAUCGAGCUGUCGGAGGAGGACAUCGGGACGCUUAAAAACUACACCCAACUCACAGAGCUCCAUCUGGACAGCAACAGAAUAAGCAUUCUGCCCGGCCACGCGUUGGACAGCCUCUCAGACCUGAGGGUCCUCAGCCUGUCUGGGAACAACAUCAGCAGAGUGGAGCCGAAAGCCUUCCAGGCCCUGGGCAUGCUGAAGAAGCUGGACCUCUCCCACAACCCCAUACAGUCCCUCCCGCCCGGGGUGUUCGCCAGCCUGACCAGCUUAGAGAGCCUCUCCCUGCACAACAGCAGCCUGAGGUGUCUGGAGAACGACACUUUCACUCACCUGCUGAAACUGACGCGCCUCGACCUGGGGGAAAAUCCCUGGGACUGCUCUUGUGACUUUUUAGAGCUCAUCAGAUCAUCAAGAGCAGAGAUCAGCCCGGGGGCUACUUGCGCUAGUCCGAAGGACAGAGAAGGUAAAAGUCUUCUGGACGACAGCAUUUGUUCUCCCAAGGCGACCACAACAAAACUGCCCUCGACCGUUAAAGCGAGCUCGACCCAGACAACAAACAAGCUCACUCCUGGACGAAACAACAGCGCCGACUCCAUGAACAGAGCCGCCCCUGUCCCAGGCGGAGAUGCCCCUCCGGGGGGGAACACCUGGAAGUUCCUGGCGGGAGUGCUGGUGACAGCCCUGGGCAUCUCCACGCUCCUGGUGUGCGCGGUCAAGGCGCCCUCCUGGUACAAGCUGCUCUUCAACUACCGGCACCAGCGCCUCCGAGAGGAGGGGGAGCCCAACGUCUUCACCACCAGCCGCUACUCCACCUUCAGCCUGGACACGGAGCAGACGGACGUCAGCGCCCACGAGCAGGAGAUGGAGCUCGACGAUGAGGACGGCUACAUCGAGGACCGCUACAUCGAAACGGGGGACUACAAGGCCGUGGACGACACCGGCGCCCAGGUCACCAACUGCACGCUGGAGGUGAACUGGGCUUGA